GUCCUGAUGCCACCUGGCAUGGAGUGCUCCAUGACAUUCUGCAGCCUCCAAACCAAGGCGGUGCAUGCGUGCUGCCAGCAGGGAAGAGCUGUUGGCUCGUCCUGUGCUAAUUGCUGAGCCGUGCCCAGACUUCUUUAGGAGAGUGCCAAGGAUCCUUUAACAAUUUAGCGGUACAAUUGAUCAUAUUCCAGUGCGUGAGCACUGUUUAAUGUACUCGUAGAGACACGGGAUAUAAAUUUCAGUUCUCAAACAAUUUCAAAUGUUCAAAUUCUAUUUGUAAAAUGUCUUUACGAAUUGCAAUUAAUAUUUAUUAAGGUUCUCCUUUCCAAUAUAAACUAAACACAUCUCAGACUAUCCCUGCUGGGUAGUUAAAUAAAUCCGCAUUAUCACCUCCAUUGCACAAACAAGAAUAUUGCAAUCAGAGUGGGAGAGCUGCAGUUAAGGCUUCCCAUUUGUAAAAUUUGUCCAAAUCUGUUACAUAUUUUGUGUGCAUUAGAAUUUCAGUCAAGUAGGUCAGUCCUUACUGGCAUCCAGUAUGAAACUUACAUAGGAUAAUUGGUAGAUUUUACAUCCAGGUGAGUUUUCUGAGUGUUAAGUCUAAUCAGCAGAAUUAAUGUGUAGUAUUGCACAUCACACAGUAAUUUUGACCACAGGCUGUAACUCUUUGACCCAUCUUAGGAAGAUGACAAAUGAUGUGGAAUUCACUUGUUCCCUAGAAAAAAAUAUUCCAAAGAAUAAAAAAUCACUGCUGAAAAUAUAGAUCUUACUUUUAAUAUAAACUGCAUAGAUUUUUUUUUUGUGGAUACUUGGAUCGCCUUACCCUUCUUUUCUGCUAGGUUUUCACCUAGGUUUAACAACUGCCCACCAUGUCUUUAUGCACAGUUGACCAUGACAAAGUCAGCUGUUAACUGUUCUUCAGAUGAUCUAUGUACUCUGCUAAUGAAUUAUUUUGAAGGCCUCCCAGGUAUCCUUGCAGGUUUUACGAAAUACUUCCAAAGAGAAGUGGUACAUUUCUGCCAGCCCUCAUUUCAGUGCAGCUAAACAGAGUGCCUCUCAGUUAUGCUCACCUUCAUAUCUGCAGCACCGUAGGACCUUCCUUCAGGUCUUUUGUUGGCCACGAUGCCUGGGCUUUUGUGAUAGUCACACAUCUUCCUACACAACCUGUAUUUCUUUGUUCCUGGAUAUAUGCCCUUGCAGCCGACCCUGUUGUGAAGUAUAUACUAUUCAAAGGAGUCCAGUUUGCUAAGCGAACCUCUUUUGUUCAGCUGCCUCGUUAUUGACACUAUUGAUUUCACAAUUUCCAUCUGCAAAAGUAACCAGCAAUGAUUUCAGUAAAAAACAGUUGAGGGAAAAAAAACUUUUCAGACAUUUUAAUUUCUCUUCUGUAUACAUGUUAGAAAUAGGGUGGCUGAGUUUUUUGUCCUUCUCUAACAAUUUGCAUAAAUCAAUACCUUGUUGCCUUUUCUCUUUCCAUCCCUGCAUUUCUUCAGUCCUUCAUCCAUGCAUGGAAUACCCUUUUCUGUAAGCAAGAGGGAAAAAAAAAAAGGCAUAAAGCAAGUUUCAUCAUCUGGAUUACUUAAAGUAUCCCAUUUUGACUGUGUCUGAAUUUGAGUCUCUCUUCAGGACUGGAAAAUUAUUUUGUACUUAAAAUGCUGUCCCAGACAGGUUUUCAGGGUAAUACAGAAGUACUAGUGGUGAUGAUUCAACAGGGACACAUUUUUCUUGUAUGGUUUCUCUGCAUUGAGAGAAACAGAGAAAUGUGAAUGAAAGUACCAUGGUAACCUUCCUCCAAUUUUUAAAAAAGAAAUCAGCAAAAAGCUGUUAUAACUAAAUGCUUAAAGGCCUUGGCUCCAUUACAGAAUGAACGUUGUAAAUCAUAAACAAAAAUCUUGUCACCUCCAGUGAAUAAUUUGUACUUACGUUAAAUAUUCAGUCUCCUUUUUCUUCCCCCUCCCUUUCAGUGGGGUUAGCUUUUCCCAGAGAGCUUUGUUACCAGGUCACUCCUCCCUUAUCAAACGCUUCCUGCAUCUAAACUGCCACCAACUAAAACUAACACAUCCUUUGGGUAGAUCCAGAGCUCCUCAUGUCUCUAGAGCGGUAAGUAUAUAACCAGCGAGGAACAAAGACCUGCUUAGUUAUUUCCUGUGGGUGAAGACAAAGAGAUCGAGUUCAGUAGUAUUUGACUUGUGAUUUCUCAAUAUUCACUCAUUUUUGUGAUAACUGAAAGCUUUUUUUUCUCUGGUAGGAAAUCUCUAUAGCCAGUUAAAAUGCUAAAGAUGUAAUACCAACAGAAAACUCUUUUCUCUGUGAUCCUACCUCAUGACAUGCUCUGGAUUCAAAGGGUUCUUACUCCAAAUACUACUAGGUGACACUCAUAGGGAGAGGAUGCUUGGCUGAAGUCAGCUGCUUUUAAGAGAGUUGAAAAAGAUGGUUGUGACAAGAGUGACAUUUAGAAGCAGAGAUGUUUAUUCCUUCGGGAGAGUCAUGCAUGGAAUCCUUUGCCAGAUUCAAAAGGAGGGGACUCACUCCUGCAUUAAGACCUCUGGCGGUAUUUAGUUGAGUGAGGAACAGAAAUUGUUACCUUUGGAGAAAUGUGGUUUUCCUCUUAUUUGGACUACAGCUCUGCACUGUCCUUAUGAAGAAGACCAUUCAUGAGGAAACCAGCUCCUUGAUAUUUUCUUCUCAGCCCUUCCUUACAAACUCGUGUUUGUGCUGGCACUAGAUUCAGAGUCUCUGAAGUCUCUUCAGUCUGACAAAGUGAAAAGCAGAUAAUUUGGUCAUAGAAGUAUGGAUCACACAAGAGGGAAUUAAUAAAAUGCUGUCCCAACUGUCUUAGACUUUUGUUGUCCUUCUUGUUUAAUAAAAUUUCCCAAGCCCUAACCACAGGGGCUCAAGCAUUUCAAGUGUCAUCCUAGUUGGCAUUUGUUCAUUUUCUCUGUAAUCCAAAUCCAACAGAAGUCCAGUUCCAUCAGAAUCAUGAAGAACAGAAAUUAAAGCAGUCACUUUCUUCUGAAGAGGAGGUCUUUCCCUGUUGCCUUCUCAGCAGACUGAUAUUCAAGGGUUGCCUCUCUGAGCUCGAGAAUGGUCCAUCCCUACCAGCAGGAAAUCAAAGAUGGUGGGAUGUAGGGAUGAACAAGGAGCUUCUGACUAAACACAGAAGCAGCAAGCAUACGAUGGGUGUAAGCAGGGGCAGGUGACCCAGGAGGAAUACAGAGAUGCUGUCUGAUUGGGCAGGUGUAGGGUUAGGAAAACCAGAGCUGAUCUGGAGUUGAAUCUGGUGAGGGAUGUGAAGGGCAACAAGAAAGGAUUCUAGAAGUACCUCAACAGCCAUAGGAGCCUAGGGAAAAUGUGAGCCUGCUGCUGAAUGGGGCAGGGGACCUGGUGACAAAUGACACAGGAAAGGUCAAAGUAGUGAAGUGCCGCCUUUGCCUUAGUCUUUGCUGGCUAAGACCAGCCUUCAGGAAUCCCAGGUCCCUGAGACCAGAGGGAAAGUCUGGCACAAGGAAGACUUGCCCUUGGUGGAGGAAGAUCAAGUUAGGGAACACUUUAAAAUCUAGAUGUGCCAAAGUCUAUGGGUGCCUGAUGGCGUGCACCCAUGAGUGCUCAGGGAGCUGGCUGACAUCAUUGUGAGGCCACUUUUGAUCUUCUUUGAAAGAUCACAGCAAACAGGAGACGUUCCUGAAGACUGGUAGAAGUCACAUGAAGUUCAGGCUGAACACAAGAUGACUUAUUUUUACUGUGGAGGUGGUCCAACACUGGAGCAGAAUACCCAGAGAGAUUGUGGAGUCUCCAUUUGUGGGGGUAUUCAAAACUCAACAGGACACGGUCCUGGGGAGCUUGCUCUGGCUGACCCAAGCAGGUGGGUUGGACUAGAUGGUCUCAAGGUCACUUCCAAAUGCAACAGUUCUGUGAUUGUCGUUAUUCCCUGUUUCUCCAUUAUGCUUGUAUUACCAAGUGUUGCGUGGUACAACAUAAUCUUGCACAGAGCAAAGAAGAGCUGAAGGAUAUAUUUAGAAGGAACCUGACUACUCUGAAUAGUUCUGGAUAUCUGACUCAUGGACAGUUUUGAAACUGCCUACAGGAUUCAGACUAAUUCAAGGAGAAGAAAACAAAUGAGGAACUAAAACUCAUUGUUUCCCAGAACUUCCUUUGAUGCCUCUAAUUCUUGUGUUAUCAGACAGAAGUUUUAAAACACACUUUUUCUCUGUAAAUGUGUAAUCACAUUUUGGAAAAAGAACUGCCUUAGGAUGUUUUUGAUGCAACAAAUACCAGAAUGUUUAAAUGGGGAUUAAGCAGGUGUGGGAAACCUUCACUGAAGGCUAUUGAAAUUAUGUGCAUACAAGUUGUUUUUCAAGUCUUUUUGUUGCAAAUUUGUAGACAGAGAGGACAGUAACUUCAAAGGUAGUCCUUUAAUUUCUUUGCUCUUACUAUCUUGCGCAUCUCUGCUAGUGACUGUAAGGUGCAAGAUGCUGAGCGGACCUUUAGUUUAAAAGUCAAUUUAAAGUGCUAUGAUCAUAGAGACAUUCUUACAUUACCAUCUUAUUUCUACUUCAUGGCAUCUUGAAAGGUAAUCAGUAGCUAGAUGUCAAAAAUAUAUGAAGGGGGCAAAACUGUAUCCUGCCUCUUCUGUGAUGGUGACUGUGCUUGCAGAUACACCAAAACAAGCUGAGGAGCUUCAAAACUGGGAGCCAGUCUGAAUCAGUUCUACCCACAUAGAUCCAAACUGUAGAGAUCCCAAGCUGUGACAGUCUUAGAUCUAAACCAAUGUACCAUUCAUAGAAAUUGUUUUGGAGUUUUAAGUCUAUUAGCAUUGCUUGAGCUCUACCUAUACUUGCACAAGGAAAUUUAACACUGCGUAGCUGUACUGCCAGUGUGUCCUCAGCCUACCAUGUAAGCAAGCAGGGAGGUGUCCACUUAUCAUUCCUUUGAAAAGGAGGUACCACAUAUCUGGAGCAACCUUAACAUUCCUCGACUCCUCAAAAGUCAGAAGGGCACUUCUGGAAAUCAUUUUGGACUGACGCUUAAUCAAAUGAGGGCUUCUCAUGGUCGAUCUGGUAGCUACUGGAAACAAUAUUCUGCAUUCCUUAGCGGUGGGAGUGCUGCUUGCCACACUGGCAUUUCAAGAAGGAAUGAAUGCUUGCUUCAUUUUGUUUCUUCAAUAUGUCGGCAAAUGAAAGUACUCUGACUUGCUUUGUGGCGUCUUUGGCUGGCAUGGGCUUUGAAUAGUAAGAAAAUUUGAGGGAUGAUUACAAAUAAUCCACAUUUUAUAUUCUUACACUGGAACACAAAGCACAGGAGGGGGUGUGUAUUGAAGCCAUGAGAGAUUCUGCUGCUCACACGCACUGACCGUAUGCUUAUUGAUUGAGGGAUUGACUCUUGACAACAAUGUCUGGAAGAAUCUGAGCUACUCAGGGUAACUGUUCUCUCUGUGAAGAGGCAUGACAUGUCAGGAAGCACAUGUCUGAAAUCACAAGGGUUCUGCCUAAUUUAAUCUGGAGACUUUUGCACAGUAGUUGAAUCCAAUUUCAAGAUCCAGUAAAGGAGACAUGAUUGAUGAUUAAAUGACUGAUGUACUUACCAUGUCAGUGCAUUUAUUUGUGGAUACAAAAUAUGUUAAAAUACGGAUUGUAUAGAAUUAACUGUAACAUCUCAGUCAUUUAGUACUGUUGGGACACGUUCAAAUUUUAGUAACGUAAUUUUAUCUGGUUUUUUUCAGUUUAAUUUCUUUCUGUAUACUACUUUGUGGUAAUGUUCAUUUUUGGUUUGCGAUUCUUAGACAUGUUGUGAAUAAUCUGUCCCGCUCUAUUUUGAAGAAUAAAGAUGGCGAUUACCAUUUGUGACAGAAACAAGGGAAUAGAACAGAUUUGUUUAUGCAUACUCAUAUUGUCCACAAAAUAUUCCAUGCCCACUUAAAACGUCACGGUGCAUUAAUGAUGAAAUACUGGUGAUCUUUAAGCCACAGGUCAGACAGAUGUCCAGGAAACAUCUCUACUAUCAUUCUCUUAUCCCUGCUUUUCAGUAGCUGGGACUCUAAAUUUGCAAGACAGUCAGCUGCAGCCCAAACGUGAACAAUUUGUAUCUGACUCCUGCAUGCUGCAACUGCCUUUCCACAAGCUGGCAAAACACAGUUUAAAGUGGUAAUUAAAGCACUUUCUCCAAAAGAAGGCACCAGAAUUCACACCCCUCGCCCUUUGGAUAGAAAUGAUGGCACAUUUCUUAUGCGGUAUCGGAUGUAUGGGAGUGUCAGAAAGGGGUUAAAAAUUGAGAUACUUUAUGGUGAUCAGCAUGUAGCUCAAUCUCCUUAUAUUUUGAAAGGACCAGUUUAUCAUGAAUAUUGUGACUGUCCUGAAGAAGACCCUGAGAUCUGGCAGGACAUUAUGUCUUGUCCAUCCCAAGAACCUCAGAUUACAAAAGACUUCAUUUCUUUUCCCACCAUUGACCUUCAGCGAAUGCUUAAGGAAAUCCCAACAAAGUUCAGUCAAACAAGAGGUGCUAUUGUUCAUUACACUAUUCUCAAUAAUCACAUCUACCGUCGCUCCUUAGGGAAGUAUACAGACUUCAAAAUGUUCUCUGAUGAAAUGUUCCUGUCACUGGCAAGAAAGGUUCGUCUUCCUGAUGUGGAGUUUUACCUUAAUGUUGGAGAUUGGCCAGUUGAGUAUCGGAAAGCCAAUGAUACACCUGGUCCUAUACCUGUCAUUUCAUGGUGUGGCUCUGUGGAUUCAAGAGAUAUAGUCCUUCCAACAUAUGAUGUAACCCACUCGACCCUUGAAACCCUACGUGGAGUCACAAAUGAUCUCCUUUCUAUUCAAGGAAAUACAGGUCCACUCUGGGAAAACAAAACUGAGCGAGCUUUAUUUAGAGGUCGAGACAGCCGAGAAGAACGUCUCCAUCUUGUCAAGUUAUCCAAGGAAAAUCCAGAACUUCUAGAUGCUGGAAUAACAGGAUAUUUCUUCUUCAGAGAAAAAGAAAAAGAGCUGGGAAAGGUUCAGCUGAUGGGCUUCUUUGACUUCUUUAAGUACAAAUACCAAGUGAACGUAGAUGGCACUGUAGCAGCUUACAGGUUUCCAUACCUCUUGCUGGGUGACAGCCUAGUAUUGAAGCAAGAUUCCCAGUAUUAUGAACAUUUUUAUAUUGGAUUAAAACCUUGGAAACAUUAUGUUCCAGUUAAGAGAAACUUAGAGGACUUGCUAGAGAAAAUAAAAUGGGCUAAGGAAAAUGAUGAAGAAGCAAGAAAAAUUGCUAAAGAAGGACAAUUAAUGGCAAGAGAAGUACUUCAGCCUCACAGGCUUUACUGCUACUACUACAAAGUGCUCCAGCAAUAUGCCAAACGCCAAGCCAGCAAACCUGAAAUACGAGAUGGAAUGGAACUUGUACCUCAGCCUGAUGACAGAGACUCAGUAUGCAGUUGCCACAGGAAAAAGCCUUUAAGGGAAGAUCUAUAACUGUACCGGAUGGAGAAAAUCACCCACUUAACAAUGCAAGAAUUUAAAUAGGAAUUAAGCUGUGAAAUCUAAGACACUUAGGGACUAGCAAACAUUCUUAGUUAUGUAUUCAUGUUGUAUUUACAUAUCCUUUUACACACUGACUUUGAUCUACAACGUUGGUUCCCACAAUUUUGUCUCCGUGACCACCACCAGACAGAUACUGACCCUGUAAUGGGGAGCAUCUAGGGGUUUUUUUUGAUGUACUGCACCAUCAGGAAGAAGAGUGCAGUGCUGCUCGUGUUCCAGCUGGGACCUAGUUACCAAAGUUUUAUGAGGAACCAGUCAUCCACAAAAGAUCUUCCAUGAGUCAGUGCAAGUUAUUCUAAAGAAGCAUUUGCAACAUACUAAAGCAGUGUUAUGAUUUCUUCAUAAAGUUUACGUCAGUGUUAGAUUGUUUCUUGUAUACAAAACAAUUUUCUAACUAGACAAAGAAAAUGAAUAUUUGAGAUUUACAGAUAUCGGAUCUGGUGUUGCUUUGAGAUUAUUUUGUGGUCUAUGACAGAUGACAGAAUAGGGAACAUGAUCUAAUAUUUAUCAAUUUCAGAGGAAAAUGGAGAGGAGGGGGAGAGAUCAGAAUAAUAUUUUUAUAAGCACCAUCCUUGGCUGUGAAUCACCAAAAUUAAAUGCUGCUUUAAAGCAGAUUGUAUAGCUAUCACACAGUGCCUUGAGUGCCAAGACACCACUCUGAAGACCUGCUCCCUGCCUAUGACUGUAUCUCUGAAUAUAGUAACAGGUCCACAGAAGGACUUAGGAACUUCAGGUGAGGCCAGGUGACAUACCAGUGUCUAGUUCAACAGUACAGUCUACAGUAUUCUAGGCUACUUGAGUAUUCACACAUCUGAAAUUUGUUAGUAGAGUGUUAAGACCGCCUAGGUUUAACUUCUAUGUAGAGCUAAGGAUGCCACCACCUUUUUCGCUUGGGUUCAUGAACUACUUUUGCCUGUGCCUGAGUUCCCAGAAGGACCUUAUCCAUUUUCCAAAUUUAGAUCAUACCUAACCUUAUACUGAGAUCAGACUUUAUUGUUUUGGUUCAAACAUAUGACAGAAAAACCUGUCCUGCACUUUCUAUGUAGUAGUCCAGGGCUUAGAGACCAUACUAAGCAAUUGGGAAGCCAGUUGUCCUCCUUGGUUUGAUUCAAAGCCAUUUUUUCCAGGGCGUCCCUUAGCUCCAGGCUGGAGAAGAGGUUUUCCACUGAAAUUGUGCAGCCAUGAAGCUAACAAUACAAAAUUCACAGGGCCAGAAGGAGCUGGUCAUACCAUUGCAGCAAAGUGUGCCUUUGGGUGGGGCAGAGGAAAAAUCCUAGUCCUGGAUGUGUAUCCCAGUACCUCGGUUGAUUUUUACCUGAGUUUGGCUACUUCGAAAUGCAUAAACAGUCCUGGAAUGAGACACCAAUGCCAAUACCAAGAUCAAUGCCCACAGGCACCCAUUUCUGCCCUCUGCAUUGUUGUCUUGGCUAAUAUAGCCUGUCUGAGUAGCUUCCUACUCAGCUACACUCAUACAGUAUCUUUCAUGGAUAGUAAAUUGUCCCUACAAAAAAAGGAAUGGAAACGUCUUUAAGACUGUGGACUCAUCUCAUUGCUUAGGUACCCAAAGUGUAGUGCUCUACACCUCAUGCGGGCUUCAUUCUUGGUUCUACACUGCAAGUUACUCAUAAAAUAUAUAAGACAAAAUUUCUGCACCAGAACAGGGAGAAAAACCAGAUUUUUCGGUGUGCCAAAUAUGGAAAGAACUUCAGGUUUUCAAAGAGGUUAAUGCAACUGUCUGCCAGUCACAUUAUGCCAGUUAAGAAAAAACCUGGAACACAGUGCUCUGCCCGUCAUCCUCUUUGUUCUGGUUCUAACACUAAUAUUGGUUGUAUUUUUAUUUAGCAUGAUAAUCAGUCCUAGAACUUUAGACUAUAAAUACAUAUUCAGCUCAUCUGACAUAAAAUUUUCUACAUCAAAAUUGAGGAACAGGGUUCCAGUUGCUGAAGCUGACACUUAAAGCUGAGUAUGUGCUCCUCUUUCAUUCUCUGUGCAGUGUCAUUUUUAUGAUAUAAUGUUAUUUUGUGAUACUAUCCAUUAUACCAUGUGCAUUUUAUAUUCACCAGUAUUUAUGGAAGUGGCGUGCUCAGCAAAGGCAAUUAAGUGUACCAGAUGGUUGAAGCAACAAAGUUUUCCACCUCUCACACACGUAUUUCAAACCAAAAGUCCAACAAUGAUCAGUUUAUUUUUUAAAAAAUAGGAGGGAAUGAGGGGAGUCAUGAUGCAUACUUCAGGGUUCUUUGGAAAUACCUGUGUAGAAAAAACUUGCCUGGCUUGAAACAGAAGUCUUUCAAACUGGAAGAAGAAUCAGAUAAAAUUUAAAUGGUCAUGAAUAAAUAAAUGUGAAUAUUUCA